AUGUCCGAAAACACCCGUGAGAAACCAAACCACAAACAAUCUGCACUCAAAAAACUUCUGGGUCACCUUUCUCGAAGUCGUUCUUCUCGUUCCUUCAAAGACGGGGACCCGCAUAGCAGCGAUGCCGAGGCCAAGACAUACGAAGACUACUUGAGAAAGGACGAAGAAAACUUGGAAGAAUACUACAAAAAGGAAGAAGAUAAAAUAACGAAGGAGGAUGAAACUCGCAAGGAUGAAUCUGGAAACUAUGGAGCAUUAAUUGACAACUAA